GCCUUGCCCAACGGCCUGCUUGCCCGCUCGCACCGGUACGCUGGGGGCGGGCCCCAGCCCGCCUCGGCGCCUCCUGCGAAGCAGCUGCAGACGCCACGGCCGGCGCACCCGCGCCAUGGCACGCCGGCGGCUCGCAUGCGGCCCCCCGCGGCGGCUUUGGCGGCCCCGGCGGCGCACCCAGGGCCAGCCGGCAGGAGGUUCGACUCACCGCGACAGUGCGCUCUCGCUAUCGAACUGCGCCAGAAGCGCCGCUGGGAGCAAGUCCUAGCUGCGCUGCACGACCUCGUGCUUAGCAACCUGCAGCCGGAAUUGGUAACGUGCGGCGCCGCAAUCAGUACUUGCUCGGCCUGCAGCCAGUGGCAGCACGUAUUUGCGCUGCUGGACAGCCUGGCUGAGUGUGGUAUCCAGAAGGAUGUCAUCUUAAUCAACGCAGCCAUCAGUGCAUGUAGCGGUGAACAGUGGGACAAGGCUCUGUGGUUGUUGCGCAGCAUGGAUCCGAUAAUGCCGAACACGGUGUCCUUCAGUGCUGCCGUCAACGCAAUUAGCGUAGGUGGAUCAAGCGCGAAAUGGGAGCAUACUCUAGGCCUACUCUCUGACAUGUGUAGCCUGGCUAUUGAAUUCGACAUGAUCGCUUACGGCACCCUGGUUGGCGCAUUCUUUCGGCAAGGGACAGCAGUGGCAGCGCUCGCUGCAGCUUCUGGACAGCAUGCGUGA